AUGGUCAGAGCAGUAAAAUAUAUACGACGACGAGUUGGUGAUCGAAAUUUACAUUUAUUUUUGCUUAAUAUGACUUUUGCUGAUCUUAUUCUAACAGGUUGGGCAUAUCCAAAUGAAUGGAUGCUGUACUUCUUGGAUCGGGGUUCAGUACCAAAUCCAUACAAAUAUUCGAUGCAUGUUGUGGCAUGGAUAGCUCUUUCCGUAUCAGCAUUGAGUCUUGUUUUACUGAACGUCGACAAGCUUAUCUACUUUCUUUAUCGGCUUCAGUAA